AUGUCUUCUCAGGAGCUGACCCUCGAAAUCAAGCCCAGAGGAAAGCCAAUCCGGAACCUCCCGACGAGCGUUUUAAUCAACAGGGAUGAUUCUGGAGCGACUCUUUAUAGCACAAUUGCGCAGCAGGCGCAAUUCUCCCUUCAUCGCCUGAGAAUCACCAAAGCCAGCGACGGGACCUUGGUCAAGAACAAUAAAGAUGUCACCAUUGAUUCAACUGGACUUCGUAACCGAAGCGUGGUAUAUGUGAAGGAUCUUGGCCCCCAGGUUGCAUGGCGCACCGUUUACUUCGUUGAAUAUCUCGGCCCGCUGCUUAUGCACCCAUUCUUUCUCUAUGUUCUCCAUCCUUAUAUCUAUGGGAGCGGCUCGUUCCCUCCCCCCUCGGACCUUCAACGCCUCACGUGCCUCCUAUUGAUCCUACAUUUCCUAAAGCGUGAGAUCGAAACUCUCUUCGUUCAUCGCUUCAGUCUUGCGACAAUGCCGGCAAGCUACAUCGUCCGCAACAGUGCCCAUUACUGGAUUCUUGGGGGCGUCAACCUGGCCUACUGGGUAUUCUCACCGACGUCUCCAACCGCAAGAGCUCACGCCAACCCGUUCUUACUCUAUCCUGGCCUUGCCCUCUUUGUUUUUGGCCAACUGGCAAAUCUAAACGCCCAUUUAACCCUGCGAAAUCUUCGCAAAGAAGGUGAUACCGCCAGGAAAAUUCCCUCGGGCUUCGGCUUCCGACUUGUGACAUGCCCGAAUUACUUGUUUGAAGUCAUUGCAUGGCUGGGCGUGUACCUCGUCAGCUCCCUGAGCUGGAGUGUUCUUCUUUUUAUCAUUGUCGGCUCUGCUACGAUGAUGCGAUGGGCUAGCCAGAAGGAGAAGAGGUAUAGGCGUGAAUUCGGAGAUAACUACAAGAGAAAGAGAUAUGUCAUGCUUCCCGGACUUUGGUAA